AUGCAUUCCCUGUUGAGAAUAUGCUUUAUUCUGUUUAUUUUUCUAUUGCCCUGUACCUCUGCUUUUACUGAUGAGCAAAGCCUCCUGGACUUCAGGAAUUCCAUUACUUUAGAUCCUCUAAAUGCCUUAGCCAAUUGGAUCUCUACCAUUCAUUUCUGCAAUUGGACUGGAGUUACUUGUGAUUCAGCCAAAAACAGAGUGCAAAUUCUUCAGUUACCAGAUCUGGAAUUAGAGGGUUCGAUCUCCCCUUCAAUUGGUAAUCUGUCAUUCCUCAUACAACUUAAUCUCAUUAACAACAGUUUUGUAGGCCAAAUUCCACAGGAAAUAGGACGAAUUCAAGGCUUACAAAAUUUGUAUCUUUCAAUCAACCUAUUAGAGGGCUCAAUUCCAAGGAAUCUGACUUCUUGCAAGGAGUUAAAAGAACUGAUCCUGUCUAGUAAUCUAUUGACAGGAACAAUUCCUUCAGAGUUGGAUUUGCUUACAAAUCUCCGGGUCCUUAAGCUUGGUUCCAACAAUCUUUGUGGUAACAUCCCUCCCUCCUUAGGAAACCUCUCCUACCUGGAAACAUUGUCUAUGGAAGAUCUUGACCUUGAAGGUCACAUUCCACCUGAAUUGGGAAUGCUUUCUAGCUUGACCUCCUUUAUCAUGUUUGGGAAUUCCGGUUUAACUGGCCCCAUUCCCUUGUCAAUCUCAAACAAUUCAGGCUUAGUAGAAUUGGCCCUUUAUAGCAACAGUUUGACUGGUACUAUCCCACUAGAAUUGGGCAAGCUCUCUCGCCUUAAAAUUCUAUAUCUAUGGGACAAUCAGCUGAGAGGCACCAUCCCAGCCACAAUCGCCAAUUGCACACAAUUGAUUAGACUUGAUUUGGAGUUAAAUCAUCUGAAUGGAGAAGUACCAUUGGAACUUAGCAAGCUUUCACUUCUGAAAUCGCUGAGCCUCUCAUCUAAUCAGCUUGUUAGUGGCAGCUCUGUCACCAUCCCCAUUCUGACAGCUCUCCGCAAUUGCACCGUCCUAAGUAGCCUAAUGAUUCACGACAAUUAUUUGACUGGAUACCUGCCAGAGCAGCUUCCCACAAAUCUCUCUGUCCUAAGACUAGAUGGUAAUAGCAUAACAGGAAACAUACCUUUCACUAUUGCCAACAUAACCAAUUUGGGAGAUCUUAAUUUGUCUUCCAAUCUCCUUAUUGGCCGCAUCCCAUCCUCUCUGAAAAGCCUUGGGAAGUUGCAGAGACUUUUGCUAGACAACAACAAGCUAGAAGGAAACAUACCCAGUGAGAUUGGUGAAAUAGAAAGCCUUGGGAUGCUAUCAGUGAGCCAUAAUAUGCUUUCUGGAAAGAUCCCUGAUACAAUUGGUCGACUUCAACAGUUAACACAUCUUGUGCUUAACAACAACCAUCUAUCCGGGAAUGUAACUGCAAGUUUGGGAAAUUGUUACAGUCUGGAAUUGUUGGACCUCUCCAGCAACCAGUUCAAAGGAAGUAUACCCCAUGAAGUGGCCAGUCUUGCUAAUUUACAGUUUUAUUUCAAUUUGUCCAGAAACGCAUUUCAAGGAUCUCUACCUCUGGAAAUUGGAAAGAUGAUUCAUGUCCAGGCUAUUGAUGUUUCAGCGAACAGAUUAGAAGGUACAAAUCCAGGCACGCUGGGAAGCUGUGAACAACUAGAAUAUCUGAAGCUUUCUUCAAAUGAAUUGCAAGGCACAAUACCAAAUUCUCUGAGCGGAUUGAAAAGCCUUGUUUCUAUGGAUCUGUCUUCCAACAACCUUUCAGGUUUGAUCCCUGUGUCUCUAAAUUCGCUGAAUAUGCUUCAGUAUUUGAACUUGUCUUUCAAUAACUUCAGUGGAGAGAUCCCAGAAGAAGGCAUCUUUAAAAAUUUGACAUCUACAUCGUUUAUGGGAAAUAUGGGUCUGUGUGGGAAAUGGAUGCAAUUACCUGCAUGCCCUGUUAAUACUAUUCAGCCUAAGGACCACAUCAGCAGAAUUCGAAUAUUUGCACUAGGGGGUGGAACCAUUGCUUUCCUAUUAGUAUGUUUAUUGCUUUUUGGACUAAUUUACAGAAGGAACAAGGUCAAGUGUUCUGUUCACACUGACAUUUUGUCCCGGAAACUCAUGGAUAACUGGGAGAUUUCCUAUCAAGAAAUCCUUGAAGCCACAGAUGGAUUUAACGAGAGAAACUUGUUGGGGACUGGUAGUUUUGGCUCAGUGUACAAAGGCAUUAUGGGUGAUGGUACAGAGGCUGCUUUCAAACUUAUAAAUUUGCAAAACGAGGAAUACAACAACAGCUUCAUCAGAGAAUGCAAAGUCUUGGCAAAUGUCAGGCACAGAAAUCUGGUUAAAAUCAUAUCUUUUUGUUCAGAAUUCAGACGCAAAUUAUUGGUUCUAGAGUUCAUGUCCAAAGGAAAUUUGGAGACAAUGCUGCAUUCCAAUGGUAAUCUAUUGACCUUCUUGGAGAUAUUGAACAUAGCAAUUGAUGUUAUCCAUGGACUAGAAUAUCUACAUCAUGACAGCUUUAUACAAGUUGUACACUGUGAUAUAAAACCAAGCAACAUUCUUAUGGACGAGGAUAUGACAGCACAUGUAGCAGAUUUUGGCAUUGCCCGAAUGAUUUGUGAGUCUGACACUAGUACCAUUAACUCAGGAAGUAUUUCCACUCUGUCUCUGAAAGGAUCCAUGGGCUACAUUGCACCAGAAUAUGGAGUUGGUGGAAAGGUAUCCACGAGGGGGGAUGUUUACAGUUAUGGUAUUAUGCUGUUGGAGAUGGUAACUCGAAAGAGUCCAAUCGACAACAUGUUUGUGGGAGGAUUGAAUCUCCACAGUUCGGUAAGCAUGCAUUUUGAUAACAAGUUGGAAGAGAUUAUUGACAUGAGAAUGAUGGAGGGUAUAGGAAAAUAUGAAAUAAAUCAAACGCUCAUUCCUUUCAUACUUAUUGCGUUGGAAUGUUCAAAGGAGUGCCCCAGUGAGAGACCCGCAGCCAGAAAGGUGGUAGGAAGAAUGCAAACUAUUCGGGAAACUCAUCAUAAGGCUCAACGUUAUAAAGCUGAUACCUAUUGA